AUGGAACCACAGACACCCCAGUCGCCUCUCCAGAGACUUCCUUUGCACCUCGUUGCCAAUAUCCUUGUUCAGCUAGACACGAUACAACAACUUGGCCUCUUGGUACUACACCAUCGUGUGUUCUACGACGCGCUCACGGACAGCACCCAGACCGUUGCCGGCAGCAUCAUCACAAGACAGGCCCCGCAGAACGCACUCCCUUUUGCCAUCGCAUUAGUCGAGUCGACACGAAUUGACCCUAGUGACCACGAUGCUGUUCGAGAACUCUUGGCACGUCUCGAGGCUGAUAUUCUCAAGUAUCACUCGACAGGUGUUAUUUUGUCUGCCAGCCACUAUACCAUUUCCGAGUUCGCCUAUCUAAGCCGCAACCUCUCAGCUUUGGGGAUUCUGAGAAAUGACAUGAUCGCCGAAGCACUUCCAAUCUUCAACCGCAGGUUCGACGUAGAGCACUCAUCAAGCACCACAGAGCAAGAGGAUUUCCGGAUCAACAGAGCUUUCCUCCGUUAUCAGCUCAUGUGCAACCUGUUUUGCCUCCCGAGUACAGUUGGCGGGCCGCUAGCAAAAGCGGAGCGGACGCAAUUCUUCUUCUCAAAGUAUUCCCCUUGGGUCAACACGCAAAUGCUCUGCGUAUACGCCUACAUUGAACGGAAAGUGAGCGAGGCAUUUGACGACGUUGCCGCUCACAACGUGGAACACGGCGCAAUGCGCAUACCAUGGCAGCGCCACGCGGCCGUCAAUCGUCAAAUCCAGUGGCAUGCCUCCCGCGGGCUUCCCUUCUUGGCGUCCAUUCUCAGUGCCAAGACGUACGAAGAAAGACUCGAAAUCAUGCCUAUAUUCCCGAAAAAGAAUCGAUUCAGAAAGCUCGACCCCGUCAACCAGCUGAUGCUCAUGGUGCCGGAGGAUGGCCUCAGCAAACCUCUCAGUGUGACUGACCCGUGGCUCGAGUUGGGGUCCUGCUCAGCGGCGAUGCUUCACAAAUUGGCCGGGCCGCUGGACGGCGAGCAAGACGCGCCCGGCUCAACACCCUACAACUUAUGGGUCGACGGGCAUAGCCACAUCUGGGUUGCCAGACACGCUCUGUUUCCGCAAGAGCGGCACAACAUGGACUCAGCGUACGUCAUGUGGGACUUGGACGCGCCGGCGUCUGACCUCGAGGGGAAAUGCCAUGAGGCGUAUGGAAGGGUGGCCUCCUACAAACGUGCCAGUACGAAGUGGACAGAGUCCGAAUUGACUCGCUCCGAGAAGCAGAGGUCCUACAUUUACGACUGCGGAGGAAGAGGGUAUUGGCCGCGACGGCAGUCGCAAGAAGAAGAGUUUGACUUUGGCAGGAUUUAUGGGCUUUCAGACCAGCAGAAGGAGGACCUCGUUGCGAAAUUCCGAAUGGAAAUUGAGAUGGGUAUUGAUGACAGAUGGUAUUAA